CGCCAGCCCCCACUUCGACCUUACUCCAACACACCGCUAUCACGACAAAUUCAAGUAGCUCUACGUGUCACCACCGGUGACGCACAGCUCUGGUGCCACUGUUGUUGUCAUGGAACUCCGGGCUGUAUUUCGCUCAAGACGCAGCAGGUUCCUCUUGAUUGACGUUCCGAUAUGACCUCGGGGGACCAGGACGGAACGGAACGCGUCAUAGCGGCCGAGGCCCGGGAACAUGCCUCGCUCAAGUACUCGCUGCUGGGUCCGUCACUAACAAAGGCCGGCCAGGAGUCGGUUGAUCAAUCAAAGGUCUCAGAGAUCAUCUACAAUGCUUCCAAGGGCUCCAGGUUCUUCAACCGCGAAGAGGAGAAGGACAAGAUUCUGACGGCGAAAAUCGACAACAUCCUCGCCAGGAAGAAGCAGCUCGAAACCAUCGACCUAACCCGUGAGCUCCGGGCAGCCGACAACCUUCUAGCCCAGUUGGAGCUGUCGCGCGACCUGACGCAGCACAUUGUGCACAUUGACUGCGACGCUUUCUAUGCCGCUGUCGAACUGCUGGAUCGGCCGGAACUAGAGGACAUUCCGUUCGCCGUGGGCGGCGGCGUCCUGACCACAUGUAACUAUGUAGCCCGAAAAUUCGGCUGCCGUAGCGGUAUGGCCGCAUUCGUGGCCAAGAAGCUCUGCCCGGAGCUAGUCAUUAUCCCGCUCAAUUUUGACAAGUACAACGCGAAGGCAGCUGAGGUGCGCGACAUCUUGGCCGACUAUGACCCGCGGUUCGAGAGCGCCAGCAUCGACGAGGCGUACCUAAACAUCACCGAAUACUGCGCCGAGCAUAACAUGGAUCCCGCUGAGGUUGUCUCCCAAAUGAGGAGAGAGAUACAUGAAAAGACACUCAUUACCGUGUCGGCCGGCAUUGCGGCGAACGCACGGCUUGCCAAGAUCUGCUCCAACAUGAACAAGCCCAAUGGGCAGUUCGUCCUCCCCCGGGAGCGCGGCGCCAUCAUGGAGUUUAUGCGCAGCCUGCCCUGCCGCAAAGUGAAUGGCGUCGGGCGCGUCCUGGAGCGUGAGUUGGCAGCAGUUGGUGUCAGUACCUGCGGUGACGUCUACGCCCAGCGCAAGUACUUGAAUCAACUCUUUGGCCAAAAGACUUGCGAGUUCCUCUUUCGCUGCUAUUUAGGUCUGGGUCGGACCAACGUGCAGCCGGCGGAGGAGUACGAGCGUAAAAGCGUCGGCACUGAGAGCACGUUCCGGGACAUGGACGAUCCGGCCCAGAUGUAUGACAAGCUCCGAAAAACGGCAGAGGAGCUCGAGGCAGAUAUGCGGAAGGCCGAAUGUAAGGGGCGCACCCUUUGUCUCAAGGUGAAACUACAUACCUUUGAGGUCCUCACACGCCAGGUCGCCACCCCAAAGGCAGUGUUCCUGGCGGAUGACCUGUACAACUUCUCAUUGCCAAUGCUGGUGAAACUUCAGCAAGAAAUUCCCGGCUUAAAGCUACGCCUGAUGGGACUGAGGUGUACCCAUCUUGUCAGCACCAAAAAGCCAGACACGCGGGCCUUCUUCGGGCUGAGGCCGCGGAAAUCUGAAUCCGCUGGCUCUAUUGAGGGGGGCAACGAAGAGGGCAAGUCCGCAGACAGCAGCAGCGAGGAGCGAGACGAGCCCAAUGCCGAGCACAACCCAGACAGGAUGAAAGGCCCCUCUUCUCGCAGACACGGAAAGGAGAUUCUACCCAAUCCAACAAGGGAACAAUCAAAACCCGCGAAGGCCGAGGAGGAAUGGUGGGACUGUCCCGUGUGUUCUAGGCCCCAGCCUGCCAACGAGAGGCAGUUUAAUGAACAUAUUGAUCUCUGCUUGUCGCGGCAAGCCAUCCGCGACACAGUCCAGCAGGAGGCAGUCACCCAACAACCGCGUGACAGACCUCCUACAGAGGCGAAGAAAGUUAGGGAUAAGAAACGGGGUAGGCCUGCGGCAGCUGCACAAGCAGGGGCAGAUCCCAGGCAGAAGAAGCUCUGUUUUGGAUAAACUCGGCCGUGGUGGGAGUUUUGUCUUCAUAUCUGUGAUUUAUUGCUUAGACAUUUCUAUAGGGGCGGUUUGUGCCGUGUAAAGCUCCCGGCAAUGGCUAGGGUGAUGACUAUGAUGAUGACUAUGACAGUUCCAAAGGGCUCAAACGCCUCGAAACGCCUCGCUAUAAGCAAGCUUGUCAAUCCAUUCUUUAACCGACUCUCCCGUGUGCAUGUGCAAUACAAUAA